CCGCCGGCUGAUCCCAAGGCAGCUGCAGACUGUCUGGACGACUGGCGACGCCAUGGACCUGGUCAUUACCCAGGAGCUGGCCCGCGCGGAGAGCCACGAAGAUGCUGAUUCCUUGAAGCGAGCCUACGAGCUAAUCAAGUCGGCCAACCUGGGAAAGUCAGAGUUCGACCCCUCAGAAAGCUUCAGUCCCGACUUGUUUGUGCUCUGUGCUGAACAGGCGCUCAAGAUGGGACAGCUAGAGAUGAGCGAGGGCUGCAUCCAGAUGUACUUCAAGGUGAAGGGGCCAGUCACCCAGUUUCUGGGCCGGGCGCACCUGUGCAGGGCCCAGCUGUGUGCCCCGAAGUCCUCGGACAACCUGGAAGAGUUUGAACACUGUGUGACUCAGUACAUGAAGGCUAUAAACUUUGCAAAAGGAGAACGCAGGUACUACUUCCUGGUGUACAAUGCCUCAGUACUGUACUGGCACAUGGUGAGGCCAUUUCUCAAGCCUGGGUAUCACCACCUUGUGAUCCCCAGCCUCUCCCAAAUCGUCAGUGUGUUAAAUCAGACCGAGGAAGAAGACAAGGAAUGGCAGGCUGAGCUGAUGCUGGAACUUCUUGAGUGUUAUCUUCAGGCUGGAAAAAAGGAAGAAGCUGCCAAGUUUUGCUCCACUGCAGCACCAUUUAUCAAAGCUCACGUGCCCCAAAAGUAUCGACAGAUAUUCUCCGUUAUGGUUCGUCAUGAAUUAAUGGAUGAACAUCAGUUGAAGGAAGAAAAGAAAAAUUCCAUUAGCCUGGCGGUCUCUUUCCACAUUAACACACUAAAAGCAAAAUUGGACAAAAAUGUUUUACCAGAAAACACCAACCAAAUUCUGGAGAAUACUUAUAAACGUUUAGAUCAUUUUAACCACCAGCGCUUUCCUUCGAUCAGAGAAGAAAAAGUCCUCUUGCUUUUUGAAUUAGCUCACCUUUCUCUGAACUUGAAACAUGAAGACAUAGCCUCUCACUGCCUGUCGGACCUGAAGAAAAUUGCAACAAAUGAUCCUGAGAAGCUGAUUGAAAUUGAAUGUCUGGAGUGUGAAUUAGAAGUUUCAAGACUUGAAAGUAAAGUUAAAGUCUACAUCCGAGGAGCUGUUGAGGGCCAGCUGAACAUCAUAAAGAGACUGGACAUGGCACUGCAACGCGCCAUCCGCUUAGGGGACCCCAAGUCCAUCCAAGUGGUAUGCACAGCCCAGUGGAACACCUGCCUACCUCUCCUGCAGCACAGCCUGCGGCACCACCUGCGCAAACCACUGACCAACAUUGCAGAGAUCUUAGAGAAGGUUGACAGCCUCAUGACCCUGCUUCGCUGCCAAGUGCACAUGGAAAUAGCGUGCAUCGAAGAGGAUGAGGACCGGCUGGAGCCUGCUAUGGAACACCUGAAGAAGGCCAUGAGCCUAGACAGCCAGGGUCUCUACCAGGACAAACUCAAGACAUCCUUCAACCGGCUGCACCUGUGUACCAUGUUGUAUCAGUCUCCAGAGCGUGCCGAAGACAAGGCCAUCAUGGCCAUUGAGCAGGCAAAAAAGGUUCUACCAAAAGACAGUGUCAGGAAGAAGAGAGCCCUCCUGGUGAAUGCAGGCCUAGCUCUUGCCCCAGACACCUUCCAGAUUGUGCUAGACAGCGAAAACGAGGCCAAAGUUUCCAUGGGGAAGAACAGAGGCCGGUUCACUUACCUCUUUGCGAAGGCUCGGCAUCACAUGCUCAGUGUGGAUAAAGCUUCCGGCCACUUACAGCGUCUGGGAAAUGAGAAUGACAAAGAGAGAAUUCAGAUUUGGGCAGAACUGGCCAAGGUUGCCCGGAAGCAAGGGGUAUGGGACGUGUGCCGGACAGCAAGCCGCUUCUGCCUCCUGUAUGACAUCAAGGUGAAAAAGGCGACCAAGCUGAAACGAGGAAAGAAAAAGAAAGGUGCAGAAAGCUCAGCGCAUGAGACCUGGAGCCCGCAGAUUAUGCAGAAACAAACAUCACCCUAUCUGCUGCGGAAGUUGGCAGAGGUGGGCUUCAUCAGUGCUGAGGCCACUGUCCACUUGCUGCGCUCAGAAGGUGUGGAACUGAAUGACCAGGCCAUUCCCCCUGAAGACACAAGCCAGCACCCUGCCGGCUAUGUGCCUGAACCCUUAGAUGCAAACACAGAGUGGAUCACUUACAGAACGUGGAUAGAAAAUCUGUCACAUUACGCCAUGAAUAACUGGUUGCGCUCUGCGGAAAUCGGACGGGAGAUAGGCGAAGCCUGGAUUGUGCAGAACGCUGUGGUCUAUGUCUUAAAUCACAACCACCAUCUCAUCACAGCUGGGCGGCAGAGGGAGCUUGUGGACACCCUGCAUCAACUCCUGAACAUCAUGAAGGCCAUUGGCUCCCACGGCAACUCGAUCAUGUUAGCCAUGCUCUGCAAUGCCUUAGCUCGAGGCUUGAUCAUUAGCUGGAUUCCUACCCAGACAUACGAAAAGUCAAGAAGAGUUAUUAGACUAAAUACGUUUCAAGCUCCACUGGACUCAGGAGCUACCUCUGAGAUCAGGACAGCAAUAGAGGUCUGUGAGUAUGCACUGAACCUGACCAAUGGAAACGUGCCAGAGGAGAUGGUUCCCACCAGUGUGCGGCAGCAGCUCAUCGCCACCUGGGUGAAGGCCAAGCAGCUGCUGCAGCUGCAGAUUGGGCACCGGCUGGGCAUGGAAGAGCAGAGCACCAACGAGAACAUCAACUGUGUGACCAGAGUCCUUAUUGCCCUCGAGAUGUACUCAUGCAAUGGGCUGGGCCUCAUGGAUUUCACUGUGCCCUCCCUGGCUCAGCUGAUGAAAAUGGCUUCUGAGUGCAGCUGGUCGGACCCAAUGGUGGAGCUGCAGACGCUGACACGGCUGGCCCACUUUGCCUACGCGGCCCGUGACCAUGAGAUCACCAUGGCCGCCUCCCAGCAGGCCACACAGAUGGGCAUCAAGCACUUGAGGACAUUGGAUCCGGUGGAGGCCCAGCUGGUGGCGGAAAUGUUGUGCACUGCCUCAUGCAUCCAGGGCCGGAGCAUCAUAGAGAACCUGAAGGGCAGGAAGCAGCUGAGACUGGCAGCAGCCAAGGCCUUCUUGGAGAGCGCCAGGUUUGGAGGCAUCGCAGGCAGCAGUGCUCUGGUGAUGCUGGCCACGCGGCACUACUGGAACACCUGGCUCCCGUUCCUGUCCUCAGCAAUCAACAGGAAGAAGGUCAAGGGGGCUGUCCAGAAGAUCAUCAAGAUUAUCAACAAGACAGAGGCCAAAAAGGAGGAGAAAGGACAGACACUGCUCCUGCACCAGUGGCCCACAGCAGACUUGCAGAGUGGUGGGACAGCAACUGAAGGCCACUUCCUCCCAGGUGCUGAGGACGACCUCACGCUCCGUGUUGCACUCUAUGGCCUGCUCUUCCAUAGCUACGCAGACCAGGAUGACUGGGAGGCUGGCCUCAAGGUGCUGGAUGAGGCCGUGCAGGUGCUGCCUCGGACUGCCCACCGCCUCUUGAUUUUCAAACAUAUGGUCAUUGUGAAGGCAAAACUUGGCCAAAAUUUUACCAUGGAAAUCCAAAAGUUCAAGGAUGAGAGUGAAGACUAUUUGGCGCACAUGUGGCACCGCCUGGCCCUGAACUCGAAGAAUGUCUGCGGAGAGCUGACGUGUUACCACAACGCAAUCCAAGCAUUGCAGAAACCAGAAAGUGAGUGGCAAAAGAUUGACUACAUCAUGGAGUUCGGUGAAUGGUUAUAUCACAAGCAGUUUCCUCUUGAUGAUGUAUUCUCCCAGCUAACAUGGGCAACUGAGAUCCUGCUGGCCAUGAAACCCUCGGGAGAUGUCCCCAAGCCAGAAUCUGCAUCAGAAGGACACUACUCAUCUGUUCAGUUACCUGCGGCAGGACCUGUGACCCAGGACAUGGACACCUCCUUGGAGCAGUUACAAAACGUGAAACAGUUGGAAACCCUGGCUAGGGCACACAUCCUACGUGCCCUGAUGAUGUCCCCGAGCUCUUCCACCUACAAAGAUGACUGUCUUAUGGCCUACACUUUUCUCAGGCGCAUCUGGCAGGUUUCUUUGGUAACAGGAGGAAAAUCAAUUGCCGAAAGAAUUCUAGCAGCAGCCAGUUCACAACUGUCAUUGUUCAAAAAAGAGAAGGAAAAGACUAAAGAAAAGGAGAAAGAAAAAGAAAAAGAGAAGACAAAGGAUAAAGAUGAAAAGCUGAAGGAAAAGGAAAAAGAGAAGACAAAAGAGAAGGAAAAAGAGAAGACAAAGGAGAAAGAUGAAAAGCUGAAGGAAAAGGAGAAAGGGAAAGAGAAAGGAAAAGAGGAAAAGGCUCAGACCCCAGCAUCCACCAAACAGCUUGAAGAUUUACCAACCAGUAUAGAAGACUGGGCCUCCUACUCUUGCCCUGAGGAACUGUUGUCUGUAUUCAAACAAGAGAAAAGUGACUUCACUGUGAAUUCUGCCAGUAUCCAGAAGCCAACAUACAGUUUAUAUUUCCUGGAUCAUUUGGUGAAGGCUUUGCAGAAGCUGUACCUUCAUGAGCUCACCAUCCCAGUCCUGCAGCUGGGUGCCCUCAUUGCAAACGCUGUAGUAGAAAGCAAGAGCCUCGAAGAUCUCUACCACCUUCGACUCGCCCAGGUGUGCUCCAAUCUGAGGUUGCGAGACGCAGCCACUCACCACGAAGAGGUGGUUGGGACAACAUACAUUGGGGACAUGGAACAAGCCAGCUUAAGAAAAGAGAUUGCACUAAAAAGAGAGAAAAACAAGGAACCCAUAUUAGAAGACAGCUACCCAGAAAAUGAACAAAUGGCUCCUGCCCACCCAGCAGAGGUGAAGCCACUCACAGCACAAGACAAGAUUUUGAAGAUAAACGGAGAGACUGGGAAGGGCCUAGAUGACACAUCCUAUCCCCAUCUCUGGAUGCUCAAGGCAGAGGUACUGCUGGAGAUGGACCUGUACCAGCCAGCACGGCUGCUCCUGUCAGAGGCUCACCUGGCUUUCCAGGAGCUCGGUGAGCCUUGUGCAGAAUCACAGUGCCUGCUGCUUCUAGCACAGUUGGCCAACAAGGAAAACAACCAUGAACAAGCUAAGAAAAUGAUUGAGAAAGCCCAGAAACUUGGUGGAAAUGAGGAGUUUUGGUACCGUUCAACCCUGACUUUGGCAGAAGCAAUCUUGGCCACAGAGGAUGAGGGAAGAAAGGUGGUUUGCUGUCUAUUUAAAAAACUCAUAGUAACCUUCAAAGACCUCCAGAAAGAAAGGCCUAACCGAAUACAUAUACUGGAAUUCAUCGCCACAGAUCUGGAAGCCAGGUGUGUGAGCCUUCAGAUCCAAGACAUCCAGGGUGCAAUUGACGGCGAAUUUCCUGAGUGCUUAGUUUUGCUGAAGGAGUUGGACAAUCACCUACUGGAAAUUGAGGAAAAGCUUAUCAACUGUGGCUACAAGGAAAAUUGCGUUGAUAUAAAACUAGAGCGUGCAAAAAUAAAGAGAUUAUGUGGCAAAGUUGAGAAAGACAAAGAACAAAAGACUGCGUAUCGCUUGGAAGAAUAUGACUUGGUCCAGAAAGCUGUGGCUGAGGAAGAAGAGAUAUUUCACAGAACCCAAGGGUUACUGUCCUUUCAAGAUUUACAGAACGUCAACUCCCCGCUGAUGCGCAGGCUGGCCCGUCUCAAACUGGGCCUGGUGGAGACGUGUCUGGACAUGCUGCAGCUCAUCUGGGAGCAGGCACUAGAGCAGCGGUUGGAGCAGGGGUCCUUGGAAAGGCUGCUGGCCUACUACCUGCACAGCACCAGCGACUACACGGCCAUCCAGCUGCAAUGGCUCACCCUGAAGCGGACGCUGGCGCACACCGCACUGGCGCAGGUGGAGAGUGCGCAGCCACUGUGUGCAGGCUGCGUGGAGAUCCGCGCUCGGCUCUUGGGCCUGGCUGGAAGGGCCCUCCACUUGCUGGCCAUACAGGUGGACCCCCUGCACCCUUCCUCCCACUGGGAGGAAGGCCUCUUGGUGGAUACCAAGCUGAGCAGUAUCCAGUCUCUGAACCUGGAAGCAGAGGACAAGGUUGUCAAGGCUGCCACCAGAGACCUGCUGAGCUUUAGUGAAGCCCUUGAGGAACACAACAGGAAGGGUGAGAGUCUAAAGAAAAAGAUGCUGCUGGCCCAGAGGUACCUGGCCCAGGCCUCUGAGGUGUUGCUGCAAUGCCUACGUGUCGCCUUGGACAACAGCCUCCUGGACACUGCAGCAGCUGCCAGCCUGGAGAUGGUCGAGUGCUUUGGCACCCUGGACCCCAUGGCCACCUGCCAGUUUCUGGCACUAUCUCAGAGCUGUUCAGCCGCGGAGAUGAUGCGGGACAUCCUGCUCACAGCCACGGCCAAUACCAGUAGCUCACAGCUGGCAGCCCUGCUGCAACUCCAGCACCAGCUCAGGCUUCAGGACAAGACUGCCACCAACCUGCUCACCAGUGUGGAGCAGAGGCUGGCUGCUAUCUCCAAGGCCUGGCAGAACCUCUGUGUCACUGAGCAGCAUUUCAACAUCCUGAAUGAGAUUCCUCCCACAUUCCGGGUCAUCUUUCUGCACUACUCACGAGACAGGUCCCAGCUAUACGGCGCUGCCCACGAGAGAUCUAAAUCCCUGCCUGCAGCCAAAGGGAAGGCACUGCAAGCAGGCUACUGCAAGGUGAUGCGGGUGGCUGUGAGCCCAGCUGCCUUCUCAGAUCUGCUGGUCAGGGCCCAGAAGUUCUGGGAGCAGACCCAGGCCCAGGUGUACCGGAAGGACAUAACCCCGCGUCCAAGCACUGACACGGACUUUGUGCCCACUAAAGAGAAAGGCCCCUCCCUGUGGAAACUCAGCAGCCUCUUGGCACCCAUGGAGGAGUACCUGAAGCCCAUCUUUCCACUCCUCAGCUCCCCGGAAGUCAGAUCGCAGAUACCCACGGUUAUGGUUGACACUGCAAAGUCAAAAGGCAAAGAAAAGGAAAGGAAACCAUCCAUGCCCCCAGUUCAUCUGAACACUGAGGACAGCGUGAUCCUGAUUGUGGACAAGCCCCUUCUGAAGCUGCCCCUGGAAGGUCUCUCUGUGUUCCACGAGGGCGCCGUCUCUUCCGUGUCACGAGAAUUUUCUCUCCAGAUGCUGUGGAAUCGCCUCCGUAAAGAAGAGCCGGAAGGAGGUGUGAAAAAGGAGGGCAAAAGCAAAGAUUUCAAAAAGAAAACCCUAGGAAAGAAGGGCAUGAAGAGCUCCACAAUCCGGAUCAUCCCAUCAGAUUGCAUCAUUGUUGACUCAGACAGCUUCAAGUUUGUCGUGGAUCCAUUCGAGGAGGCCCAGGGCACAGAAGUGCUGACUCCUGUUUCCAUAAUGCGGGAGAUUUUGGAAAGAUACCGAGACUCAUUCACUGCACGAUGGGUGGGGCAUCUGGGAAGUCAGCAUUUUCCAAGCCAGGCUGAGUGGGAGCAGGUGCUGGGCAGUUGCAAAGGCUUCUUCUUCUAUGGGAUGGAGAGCUUCCUGUCACAUAUAUUAGUGGAAAGACUGGUUGCCAUGAAUCUGCAUGAGUGCCACAUGAUGGUCCUGCUAGACUUGAUGCGGCCCUGCACGAGCCUGCGUCGGCAGAUGGAAACCUCAGACAACAAGAGCUUAUUGCAGCAGGCCUUGAAGGAGCCCAUUGAGACUGCCAUCUUGCUGAGCCUGGUAGGGGUCCAGAGCAUCGUAGCCAAUCAGUGGCCCACACGAACGCAGGACAAUGCGCUGCGGGCCAGUGUCCUGUGGGAAAAUCUCUUAGCAGUUGGCAAGCCAAUUGGGAAGACAGUGCGUCUCCUUCAGAGGAUGGGAAACAACGAAAUGGUCAGCCAAGAUGAGAUACUGCAAAAUUUGAAGAGCAAGCUGAUGUUUUUCCAGCCACAGCCCCGAAGUGAAGAGACCCUCCCCAUUGCCCUCAACUUGGUCCUGUAUGGAUUGCCACACCAAGCCAUCGGAUGACAUCCACCUGGGCUUGAUUCUGGACAGCUGCAGGUGUCAGUGUUUUUCUCCAGGGCCACCAUCAUUGCUCUGCCUCUCUGAACUCCCCCAACUUGCCCCCCACCCCAGGCUCUCCUCUUCAUUAGCUCUGGGCACUCCCUAGCCCCUCGCAGAGCCUGGCCUCUAUGCCCACUGCACGGUCCUGAAAAGACAGCUGAUAUCAGGGCGCACCACCUUCUGCUCCUACUUGGCUUCUCAAACAAUAAAAACUGUCAGGCCACAAA